UAUAGCAGAUACAUUCAUCGCGUCAAACCACUUAUUCGGACGAAGACCAGUUGUUAGUGAUAACUUAUCCGGUGAACUCGUGUCGUUCGUUUUAUAAACUUUAUUUUAAUAACAUGUCCAAGAUUCAUAACUUCGGCGCAGGCCCAGCUAAACUGCCAGAAGAUGUGUACAACAUACUAAAGAAUGAAUUAACUAACUUCGAUGGUACGGGAAUAAGUUUAUUGGAGACUAGCCACCGCUCACCGACGUAUUUUAAAUUAAAUAAAGAAGUACAAGACGUUGUUAGAAGAUUAUUAAAUGUCCCAGACAAUUACAAGGUUCUGUUCUUGUCUGGAGGCGGUCAGGGUCAAUUUGCCGCAGUGCCACUGAACCUGAUAUCUAGAACUGGAACAGCCGACUAUGUUGUUACAGGUACAUGGUCCGCAAAAGCUGCAAAGGAAGCGAAGAAAUACGGCAAAGUGAACUUGGUAUUGCCGGCUACUGAUAGAUAUGUCGACAUACCUGACCAGUCCACUUGGAACCUCGACCCUAAUGCUUCAUAUGUACACAUUUGCACAAAUGAGACCAUUCACGGUAUUGAAUUUGAUUUUGUACCUGAUACGAAAGGAGUACCUCUGGUUGCUGAUAUGUCUUCAAAUUUUAUGUCUAAAAAAGUCGAUGUUUCAAAGUUUGGAGUUAUCUACGGUGGUGCACAAAAGAAUAUUGGUACAGCGGGAGUAGCUCUUGUGAUCGUUAGAGAAGAUUUGCUCAAUCAAGCACUACCGAUUUGUCCUUCAAUUCUCGAUUGGACUGUAAAUUCGAAGGCAGAUUCUAUACUCAACACACCACCUAUGUUUGCGAUCCAAGUUAUGGGAAGAGUUCUACAAUGGAUUGAAAGGUUGGGAGGUUUGGACACGAUGGCUGAAUUGGCCAAAAAGAAAUCUUCACUAAUUUACGAUAUAAUAGAACAAUCAAAUGGCUUUUACUAUGCACCUGUCGCUAAGAAUGUCAGAAGUAAAAUGAACAUUCCGUUCAGGAUAGGUAAAGCUGAUGAGGCCUUAGAGAAAGAGUUCUUAAAAGGUGCAGAAGCUUUAAACCUCAUCCAACUUAAAGGACACAGGGACGUCGGCGGAAUACGUGCUUCAACUUACAAUGCGGUCACAGUAGAGGAAGUAGAAACCUUAGCUAAAUACAUGAAAGAGUUCUACAAGAAGCAUGCUAAGUAAAUUCGAAUGUCAUUUCUUGUUUUUACAAAACAACAUUAAAAUAUUAGUACAUAAGUUUGUCUUGUUAUAUAUGUGUAUACUUAGAGCAUUUGUUUUCAAAACAUUUUUCAGUCUUUAGUUGUCUUGAUCUAAGAAUUAUUUGUUAUUACUCUAAUAUAUUUAUAAGAUGAGCUGUUUUAAUUAUAUUUUUCAAAAAUUUACUAAACGUAAUAUUUUAUAAUAAAAUGAAACUAAAAACUACAAUUCUUCCAAUUAUGAUUUGUGCUUGCUUUGUAUAUAUAUAUUAACAUCAGAUAUUAUUUUCCUUUGAUCAUAUUGGAAAAUAUAAUUGACUUAAGAAAUAAAAUAUUUUACUAUCAAGUUUUUAUCUUGUAUAAUUUCAAAAUUGUAUCAAACCACACGUUACUUUACCUCGACAAUUUUAAAUUGCGAGUUCAUGUGCAUACAGCAUUACAUUACACAAUAAACACUCGGUUUUUUUACAAUGCGGUCUACCCCUAAAAUUUAGUCUUGUUUAAAGUUGAAAUUGAGUCAAAUGUAUAUAUCUAAGUGAAGUAACCACAGCAAGGCAAACUACUUCCUCUAACCAUAUGAACAAGGAUUUCCAGUUACUCCCAUCAGCUCGCUCCACUUCGGAUCAAUGGAUAAAUGAUACAUUUUUAAGAUCUCUAGGAAUAUGUAGGUGCCCUAUGAUGUUUCUAAUACUACCGAGAAUAACAUACAAAAAUAAUGAGUUUCCAGAACAAGAAAAGUAGAUUUUUCGUAGUUUUUUUUAUAACAGAUAUAAUUAAAAAAAUACUAAAGUCUAUUCAACUCAAAGUCGACUGUCCUUUUGUAAUCAUCUAAGAAAAAACGCUCGCCACGCGGCACUAACUCGGGCAAAGUUUAUAACCUUGUUAAUAUUUGUUUCUAUUAACGGAUAUAUAAUGUUUCAGAAGUAUCUAUCUGUCAUAGAAUAGACGAGUAUUUGAAUAAUAAAAUAAAAGUAUAUGCUA